UAACCACUACCCCUGUAACAGGACCGCUGCCCCUCAACCCACACCCCUCUAUACCAAAUUCGAAGAACCAGCCGCCGAGGCUCACCAUCAGCAAUGGUGCUGAUCCCUUUCGUCCGCGUCUACAUCGAUCGCAUGCUCCACGACAUCCCGGGAAUGAAGGUCCUCGUCCUCGACCCCCAAACCGUCGGGAUGGUGAGCGUGGUGUACAGCCAGUCGGAUCUGCUGCGGAAGGAGGUGUUCCUCGUGGAGACGAUGGACAACGCCUCCAGCUCCAGGGAGUCCAUGGCGCACCUCAAGGCCGUCUACUUCCUCCGACCCUCCGCUGACAACGUCCAGAAGCUCCGCAAGCACCUCGCCAUGCCGCGCUUCGCCGAGUACCACCUCUUCUUCUCCAAUAUAUUGAAGAUUCCGCAGAUUCAGAUACUAGCUGAUUCUGAUGAGCAGGAGGUUGUUCAGCAAGUUCAGGAGUUCUAUGCUGAUUUUUGUGCCAUUGACCCAUACCAUUUCACUCUCAACAUUCAAUAUAACCAUAUGUACAUGCUUCCAAUGGUGGUCGAUCCUCCUGGCAUGCAGAGCUUUUGUGAUCGAGCUGUUGAUGGCAUUGCUUCUGUCUUCUUGGCUCUCAAGCGUCGCCCUGUUAUUAGAUUUCAGAGGACAUCAGAUGUUGCAAAAAGGAUCGCACAAGAAACUGCGAGAUUGAUGUAUGAGCAGGAGAGUGGCCUGUUUGAUUUUAGACGCACAGAAAACUCUUCGUUGUUAUUGGUGAUUGACAGGAUGGAUGAUCCUGUUACGCCUCUACUUAACCAGUGGACAUAUCAGGCAAUGGUACAUGAGCUUAUUGGAAUCGAGAACAACAAAGUCGAUCUUAGGGGAUUUGCCAAUGUACCUAAAGACCAGCAGGAGGUGGUUCUAUCAUCAGUUCAAGAUGAUUUUUUUAGAGCUAACAUGUUUGAGAAUUUUGGGGACCUCGGUAUGAACAUCAAAAGAAUGGUAGAUGACUUUCAGCAUCUUUCAAAGGGCAGCCUUAAUCUCCAGAGUAUAGGUGAUAUGGCAAAGUUCGUGAGCAACUAUCCUGAAUAUCGAAAGACACAUGGAAAUGUAACAAAACAUGUUGCUUUGGUGAGUGAGAUGAGCAGAAUUGUGGAGGAAAGGAAGCUUAUGCUAGUUUCACAGACAGAACAAGAGCUUGCAUGUACGAAUGGACAAGCAGCAGCCUUUGAGGCUGUCACUUCCUUGCUAAACAAUGAAAGUGUAUCUGAUAUUGACCGAUUACGACUAGUGAUGCUCUAUGCUUUGCGGUAUGAAAAAGAGAGUCCAGUUCAACUAAUGCAGCUUUUCAACAAACUGGCUUCUUGUUCUGCCAAAUACAAGUCUGGGCUUGUUCAAUUCCUCCUUAAGCAGGCUGGUGUUGAUAAGAGAACAGGCGACUUGUAUGGGAACCGUGAUCUAUUAAAUAUUGCUCGUAACAUGGCUCGCGGACUUAAGGGAGUUGAGAAUGUCUACACCCAACACCAGCCUCUUCUCUUCCAAACUAUGGAAGGUAUUGUUAAAGGUCGAUUGCGAGAUGCGGACUAUCCACUUGUUGGCAACCAUUUCCAACAGGGCAGGCCUCAAGAUGUGGUCAUAUUCAUUGUUGGAGGGACAACUUAUGAGGAAGCAAGAUCAGUAGCCCUUUAUAAUGCAGCAAAUCCUGGAGUUCGUUUCUUCCUUGGAGGUUCAGUGGUUCUGAAUUCAAAAAGAUUUCUUGAAGAUUUGGGGGAGGCACAAAGGAUAUCGAAAUCAAGCACUAUAAUAUGAGCUAAAUUGUGUAUCAACUGGAAGAUUUCUUGAAGAUUUGAAGAGUACCAGAAUAUGAUAAUUGACAGUAUUGACUCCACUUCUACAUAGAAUCAAAUUUGUGUGAUAAAUUUUGUAACAUAAGCUCUAGGUGCAUAGUGCAACGUCAUACCAAAUAACAAUAUCUGUAGCCCGUCCAGCAUCUGUUCAUGCUCAUCCCUCCCCCCCCCCCCCCCCCCCCCCCCCCGUCCACAGUUGAAGCAAGUAUGUGUUUGUUUCUAUACUAGUGUUGAUUGAGAUUGUACCAUUUAGGUAGUAUGUGGAGUCAAAGAUCAUGUAUGUAAAAGAGGACAUAUUUUUUCAGUUUCUCUCCGUUUUCUCUUUUGAAGUUGUGUGAAUUGCUGUCUAUGCGGUUAGGUUUGGACAUCUAUGGGAUUCAUCAAAAGUGAUUGUCUCGACUGGAAGCUGAUGCUUUCCUGCA